AUGGUAUCCAAAGGAAGUGCGCCUGGCAGGCAUCGUUCUCUCAGCACCUAUGAGAUAGUCUGUACAGCUCUCUCUGCGGCUCUGGUGGUUCUCUGUGCGGGGCUGAUUGCAGUGUCCUGGCUGGCAAUCAAGGAAUCAGACAGAGAUGCAGGAUUUGGAAAAAGUUAUGAAGCCAGGGGAACACUGAAAAUAACAUCAGGAGCUACAUAUAAUCCUAAUUUGCAAGAUAAACUCUCAGCGGAUUUCAAAGUUCUUGCUUUUGACUUUCAACAAAUGUUAGAUGAGAUCUUCCAAUCAAGUAAUCUGAAAAGGGAAUAUAAAAACUCAAGAGUUUUACGAUUUGAGAAUGGCAGCAUCAUAGUCAUAUUUGACCUUUCCUUUGACCAGUGGGUGUCAGAUAAAAAUGUAAAAGAAGAACUGAUUCAAGGCAUUGAAGCAAAUAAAUCCAGUCAACUGGCCUAUUUCCAUAUUGACUUGAACAGCAUUGAUAUCAUAGCAUCUUUGGAUUCCCCUACGGUGAGCCCUGCAACAACUUCAGGCAAACUAACAACCAGCAGUCCUCUGGCAACCCCAGGAAACGUCUCAGUGCAGUGCCUGCCUGGUUCAAGACCUUGUGCUGAUGCUAUAAAUUGUGUUGCAAUUGAUUUAUUUUGUGAUGGAGAAUUAAACUGUCCAGAUGGUUCCGAUGAAGACACCAAAACUUGUGCUACAGCUUGUGAUGGAAGAUUUUUGCUGACUGGAUCUUCGGGAUCUUUUGAGGCUACCGAUCACCCAAAGCCUUCCAAGUCCGGUGUUGUUUGCCGGUGGAUUAUACGUGUAAACCAAGGACUUUCCAUUAAACUGAGCUUUGAUUCCUUUAACAUAUAUUAUGCAGAUAUAUUAAAUAUUUUUGAAGGUGUGGGCUCAGGCAAGAUUUUAAGAGCUUCUCUCUCAGAAACUAAUCCUGGCACAAUUAGAAUUUUUUCCAACGAAGUUACUGCCACCUUUCUUAUAGAAUCAGAUGAAAAUGAUUAUAUUGGUUUUCAUGCAACAUACACUACAUUUAACAGCAGAGACCUUAAUAAUUAUGAGAAAAUUAACUGUAAUUUUGAAGAUGGCUUUUGUUUCUGGAUCCAAGAUCUAAAUGAUGAUAACGACUGGGAAAGGGUUCAGGGAAAUACCUUUCCUCCUUCUACUGGACCAGAUUUUGACCACACUUUUGGCAAUGUUUCAGGAUUUUACAUUUCCACCCCAACUGGACCAGGCGGGAGACAAGAAAGAGUACAACUUUUAAGCCUUCCUUUGAACCCCCCUUUGGAACCAGUCUGCCUUGGUUUCUGGUAUUACAUGUAUGGUGAAAAUGUCUAUAAAUUAAACAUUAAUAUCAGCAGUGAACAAAACAUGGAGAAGAUAAUUUUCCAAAAGGAAGGAAAUUAUGGAAAAAAUUGGAAUUAUGGACAAGUAACGAUAAAUGAAACAGUGGAAUUUAAGGUUUCUUUCAAUGCUUUUAAAAACAAGUUCCUGAGUGAUAUAGCUUUGGAUGACAUUAGCCUAACAUAUGGGAUUUGCAAUACGAGUCUUUAUCCAGAACCAACUUUGGUCCCAACUCCUCCUCCAGAACUGCCUACGGACUGUGGAGGACCUUUUGAACUGUGGGAGCCGAACACAACAUUUACUUCUAUGAACUUCCCAAACAACUACCCUAAUCUGGCUUUCUGUAUUUGGAAUUUACAUGCCCAAAAGGGAAAGAACAUACAACUUCAUUUUCAAGAAUUUGACUUAGAAAAUAUUGCAGAUGUAGUUGAAAUCAGAGAUGGUGGAGGAAAUGCUUCCUUGCUGUUAGCUGUGUACACAGGGCCUGGUCCAGUAGAGGAUGUGUUCUCAACCACCAACAGAAUGACUGUGCUUUUCAUCACUAACGAUGUACUCACAAAAAGGGGAUUUAAAGCCACCUUCACUACUGGCUAUCACUUGGGGAUUCCAGAGCCCUGCAAGGAAGGCAGUUUCCCGUGUAAGAACGGACAGUGUGUUCCACUGCUGAGCCUCUGUGACGGCCUCCCACACUGUGAGGACGGCUCCGAUGAGGCGCACUGUGUGCGCCUCUCCAAUGGCACGCUGAGCACCAGUGGCUUGGUGCAGUUCCGAAUCCAGGGCACCUGGCAUGGAGCUUGUGCAGAGAACUGGAACGUCCAGGUCUCCAAUGCUGUUUGUCAGCUGCUGGGACUGGGGAGUGGAAACUCAUCAACGUCCGUCUUCUCUACUGAAGAUGGACCAUUUGUAAAAUUAAGCACAGCAUCUAAUGGCAGCUUAAUACUAACACCAAGUAAACGGUGUUUCCAGGAUUCACUGAUUCUGUUACGGUGUAACCCUAAAUCAUGUGGGGGGAAAAUGGUCGCUCAAGAAGUCAGCCCUAAGAUUGCUGGAGGACAUGACGCCAAAGAAGGAGCCUGGCCCUGGAUCGCUGCUCUGUUUCACAACAACAAGCUGCUCUGUGGUGCCUCUCUCGUCAGCAACGCCUGGCUGGUGUCUGCAGCCCACUGCGUGUAUGGGAGAAAUUUAGAACCAUCGAAGUGGAAAGCAGUCCUAGGCCUGCAUGCGACAUCGAAUCUGACUUCUCCUCAAGUAGUAACCCGGCUGGUAGAUCAAAUCGUCAUAAACCCACAUUACAACAAACGGAGCAAGGACAGUGACAUUGCCAUGCUGCACCUUGAAUUUAAAGUGAAUUACACAGAUUAUAUACAACCUAUUUGCUUACCAGAAGAAAAUCAAGUUUUUCCUCCAGGGAGAAUUUGUUCUAUUGCUGGCUGGGGGAAGCUUUUUCAUCAAGGUCCUACCGCAAACAUAUUGCAAGAAGCUGAUGUUCCUCUUAUAUCAAAUGAGAAAUGCCAACAACAGAUGCCAGAAUAUAGCAUUACAGAAAAUAUGGUGUGUGCAGGCUACCAAGAAGGAGGAAUAGAUUCUUGUCAGGGGGAUUCGGGAGGACCAUUAAUGUGCCAAGAAAACAACAGGUGGUUCCUAGCUGGUGUGACAUCAUUUGGAUACAAGUGUGCACAGCCAAACCGGCCAGGGGUGUAUGCCCGGGGCUCGAGGUUCACGGAAUGGAUACAAAGUUUUCUCCAUUAGAGUGUUUUCUAAACCAAACAAAAAACCAGGCAGUUUUCCCAUUCUCCUCUGAAAAGGGUGGAAAUUGAGAAUUUUGUAGAAAAUGGCUUCUAAUGCCACUGAAAUGCUGGGAGACAGGGGUGGGAGAAACAAACGAAAAAGGUAAAUUAAUCUUUACAAUACUAAGUAACUUUAAAAGGAUACAUUUUGGGUUUUUUUGAAGAGCUAUUCUUUUACAGAUAUAAUUUCCUUUGUUCUUAAUUUUUAUCUUUACCAUAUUCUCUUAUUUAAAGGAAUGUUACUUUAAAUCAUAUACACUUUAGACAUCUUAAGCAAAAUUAGUAAAAGAAGUGAAAUAAACUGUUUUUGCACAAGAUCUGUUAUUGGUUGAAAUAAACUGCUGGAAAGUAUCUAGUUCCGGCUUAAACUGCUAUUAUCAGAAGCUCAAAGUCUUCCUGCUUUUCUAUCGGAUGCAUUUCCAAUUCAUCUUGAGCACAUCUCUAACGGUCCCCCUACUCAUAAAAAGAAUGAAUUGUAAACUUGUGUCACAGACCUGGACUAAGCUGACUGUGUGUUUAAUUGCAAAUAAGCUAAUUAAACAGCAAACGGGAGUCUACAGAGUGCUCUUGCAUCAAAAUAAAAGGUACAUUUACUGAUAUUGUAGCUCUUUUUUCGGAUCCUUUAUUACCUGGAUUAUUCAUACUGUCCAUUUAUU